AUGGCCAGCGGAGGGCUGCAGCUCCUGGGCUUCGUCAUGGCCUUCCUCGGCUGGAUCGGCAUCAUCAUCAGCACCGCCAUGCCCCAGUGGAAGAUGGCAUCCUACGCGGGGGACAACAUCGUCACGGCCCAGGCGCUCUACGAGGGGCUGUGGAUGUCGUGCGCCAUGCAGAGCACGGGGCAGAUCCAGUGCAAGGUGUACGACUCGCUUCUCAAGCUGGAGAGCAGUCUGCAGGCCACGAGGGCUUUGAUGGUGGCUUCAAUACUCCUGGGGCUCGUUGGAGUGUUUGUUGCUGUGACAGGCAUGAAAUGCAUGAAGUGCAUGGAAGAUGACCAGGUGAAGAAGAUGAGGAUGGCUGUCUUCGGUGGGGUGAUCUUCAUCAUUUCAGGUCUGGCAGCACUGGUGGCCACGUCGUGGUAUGGCAACAGAGUGGCUCGGGCCUUUUAUGACCCUUUCACCCCCGUCAACACCAGAUUUGAGUUUGGGUCAGCUCUCUUCAUUGGCUGGGCAGCUUCAUCUCUGGCCAUACUGGGGGGAUCCUUCCUCUGUUGCUCCUGUCCACGGAGAGAAACUUCAUAUCCACCCACCCGAGGCUACCCAAAAAAUGCCUCAUCCACAGGGAAGGAUUAUGUAUAA